AUGUUGAACGAAGGCACACCAGGCCCUAAUUUGAGGCAAUCAUUGGAUGCCAUCGCUGUCCACGAUCAGCAGAAGGAUCUUCUCAUUCAGGAAGCCUUGCAAAGUCUUGAGGCCUACAAGCAGCAAGUGAUGAGCCUCACUACGGAGUUGGAUGAUACGAAGAAGUCUCGUCUCUGGCUCCAGGAGAAGGUUGAGCAGCUGGUGCAAGAGACUGUUGAUUUUGAGAAUAUCUCUCGAAAUAAGUUUGUCGUGGUACUGGUAGAUGGAGAUGGUGCUAUCUUCUCAAGAGAACUCCUGGAAAAUCCCAAGGUUGGUGCCAACGAAGCAGCACGCAGGCUCAUCCAGAAUGUGAAGGCAUCGCUACGAGAUGAUGGCUUGGACACGGAUGUCGCCAUUCUUGUUCGCAUCUUUGCCAAUUUGAACGAUCUCGGUAAAAUGCUUUCCUUAACCAAUACCAUCCACACUCGAGGGGAUCUGAAUACAUUUGCCGAGCUAUUCACUGUCAGUCGGGGCGAAUUUGACUUUAUCAACGUUGGCUAUGGCAAGGAGAAUGCGGAUUCUAAGAUACGAUACAUGCUGGACCAUUACUACAACAACUUUCAAUGUCAACAAAUCUUUUUCAUCGGAUGCCAUGACACUGGAUACAUCAACGAGCUCCAGAGAUAUACCAAUGAACCCAACCGGAUCGUGUUGGUCGAGACAACUCCCGCACCAGCAGCAUUCUCAACGAUGCUUCCCUUCGCCAUCAAGCGAUUUGACAAUGUCUUUCGCUCGACCUCGCUUACUAGCACCGAAGUAGCCUCAAAUGGAAAUGGAGGUAGAAAUAACUCACCAGAACGACUCAUACCCACUCAAAUAGCACUGAUAAAUACAUCUCCAUAUUCAACUUCAGUUCGGCCAGUCCCAGUCCAAACCCCCAAUCCAUACCUCAUGGUACCUGAACACCGAAACGACCGAACACCCUCCCCAACCUACAAAUCAAUCGCAAACACGCACCUCUCCAUCGCACAACCCCAACCUCAACCUCAACCACACCCACAACAAAUGGCCAAAAUAAUCCACUCCGGCAACGGCGGCGUCUCAGUCCAGUAUUCAUCUCCAGCGAACGGCACUAUAACCUAUGCCACAGCCUGUGGAACGGGCGAAUACGGAAACAUAUACAUAAAACCGGGAGCACCAUUGCGAACUAUCGAAUACAAUCACGCAGGACAGCGCAUCGACAAAGCAAACAAGAAACCUGCCGACCAGCCCGCCUUCGUUACAUACUUCAAAAAGCUCCAAGGAAUCAAAGGUUUCUGCAACUACCAGUACUUACUGGGAACUUGUCGACGGGGUGAUCAAUGUACAAAUGAACAUGAUCUGCCUCUUACCGAGAGGGAAUUAGCGGUUCAUCGGUAUCGAGCUCGACUGGGACUGUGUGCAAAUGGGUCGACCUGUAGCGACUUCAAUUGCUUUUUUAGCCAUCAUUGUCCUUAUGUGCCGAAUUGUACCAGUCCUGACUGUAGGUUCAGCUUGCAUAUUUCUGGGAAGGAUUUGGAGGUUCGAGAGAGAUGGACGGAAGGGAAGGGAUUCCCGGAUAUUCUUCGAGAAGCUUAA